AUGCCUUCGCGCAACUCUGUGCCCAUCGACGACCUGCUGCAGCAGCAUGAGGCGCAGCAGCAGCAGCAGCAGCAGCAGCAGCAGGGCGGCACCACCACCACGAGCAGCGCCAGCACUAGCAGCAGCAGUGAGAAGCGGUCGUUGCUCAUGCGACAUCUGAUGCAGCAGGAGACUCGAAUGAAGAGCGAGCGACCUUCGUUUCUGUUGAAAGGCAAUGAGAUAUACUUAGGUUGGGGCCCCCGCGCAAAGGCAUGUCAAGACUUUCGUGUGUAUGACACUUCUACUGUUCGCAGUGCUGUUUCCUUAUUGGGGUCUGUGCCCUGGCAGAUAAACAAGGAGCUGUUGCACGUGCUGCAGGCAGCAUGGGCAGCUGGCGAGAGCCUAGGGAAAAUGCCUUCGCGCAACUCUGUGCCCAUCGACGACCUGCUGCAGCAGCAUGAGGCGCAGCAGCAGCAGCAGCAGCAGCAGCAGCAGGGCGGCACCACCACCACGAGCAGCGCCAGCACUAGCAGCAGCAGUGAGAAGCGGUCGUUGCUCAUGCGACAUCUGAUGCAGCAGGAGACUCGGAUGAAGAGCGAGCGACCUUCGUUUCUGUUGAAGCUGGAGACAGCUGAGAAUUUCGCCGUUUCCUCUGCGCUUUACUUCCCUCACAACAUCGAUUUCAGGGGCCGUUGCUACCCGCUGCCCCCCCACCUCAAUCACAUGGGAGACGACGUCUCCCGCGCGUUGCUGCGGUUUGCCCGGAGCAAACCGCUAGGCGACAGCGGCUGGCGUUGGCUGCGCAUACACCUGGCGAAUCUCUUUGGCCACAACAAAGUAUCCUUCGAAGACCGACGCAGGUGGACAGACACGCGAAUGGAGCAGAUCCUAGCAGCAGCAGAAGAGCCGCUGCAGCACAAACAAUUCUGGGGUGCAGCAGACGAGCCCUGGCAGGCACUUGCUGCUAUCUUGGAAAUCGCAGCAGCUGUACGCUCAGGAGAUCCUCCAGCCUUCUACAGCAAGCUGCCUGUACACCUGGAUGGCACGUGCAACGGCUUGCAGCACUAUGCAGCCCUUAAUAGAGAUCUUCGCGGGGGAGCUGCAGUUAAUCUUGUCCCUGCGGAGACACCCCAAGACGUAUACUCUCUCGUGCUCCAGGUGGUUAAGCAGAAUGUACACCGCGUUGCCAGUGGCUGCACAGACACAUCAGAAGCAGCUGCAGCAGCGGCUGGUGGUGCUGCAUCUGCAGCAGACAGCGUAGAGGCGGAGGUCGGGCAGAAGCAGCAGGGCAGAGGGAGGAAGCGGAAGCAGCAGCACGCUGGUUCUGCUGCUCAGCAGCAGCGGCAGCAGCGUCAACAGCCGCAGCUGCAGGAAAGCAGCAGCACGCUGGUUCUGCUGCUCAGCAGCAGCGGCAGCAGCGUCAACAGCCGCAGCUGCAGGAACGGCGGCGUGAGCUUGCUCGUUUAUGCAUAG